CCGGGCUGUUUGCUGCCCUUACCAUUUGAACACGUUAUUCUUAGAUCCUGCACCAGCAUAGUGAGACCCUUGGUAUCCGCCCUCUACCCAGUGCACCGCGUGAUGUAUCAAGGCCCGGCGAGCAGACUGUUUUCGGCGCUAGGAGACGUGCUAGUUCCGUGCGCAUCUUCUCUGCGCCAACACUCGCCCGUCAGGAGGAGAGCCCUUCCGACUCCAGGACAGGGGCCCGUGUUUGGCCUCAGCUGCUGCCACAGUCUUGCCGGCUGGAUCGGAGAAGCCCCAGCAGCAGCAGGAGGAGGAGGAGGAGGACACAACUGUUCCGCAGCGGCAGCCGCAAGUGCGACAACAGGGACAGCGGCCAGAGCUGCCUCUAGAACUGUGUGUUCCAUGGGAAACAGCACCAGCCGGCUGUACAGCGCUCUCGCCAAGACGCUUAGCAGUAGUACUACUGUGUCCCAGCACCAGGAGUUAUUAGAAACCUCUGAGCAUGACCAGUGUGAUCCAAUUGAUCCCAAGGAGCUUCUGGAAGAGUGCCAAGUGGCCCUGCAAGAGCGUCCGGCCCGCGUCCAAAGAGACUUCUUGAGCCUAAGGAAUGACUCAAGUAGCCAGCAGCCACGGACGUUUAGAGUGAUGCAGUGGAACAUUCUGGCACAAGCUCUUGGUGAAGGCAAAGACAACUUUAUAAUGUGCCCUAUGGAGGCCUUGAAGUGGGAGGAAAGAAAAUACUUGAUCCUUGAGGAAAUCCUGAUGUACCAACCUGAUGUAUUGUGCCUCCAGGAGGUAGAUCACUACUUUGAUACCUUCCAGCCUAUACUGAGCAGAUUGGGCUACCAGUGCACUUUCUUAGCCAAACCAUGGUCUCCUUGUCUUGAUGUGGAGCACAACAAUGGACCUGAUGGCUGUGCCUUGUUCUUCCUGCAGGAUAGAUUCCAACUGGUUAACAGUUCCAAAAUCAGGCUGUCAGCCAGAACUUUAAAAACCAACCAGGUGGCCAUUGCUGAGACCCUGCAGUGUUGUGAAACUGGAAGGCUACUGUGCUUUGCGGUCACUCAUCUAAAGGCACGGACAGGAUGGGAGAGGUUUCGGCUGGCACAAGGCACUGACCUGCUACACAACCUAGAAUCAAUUACCCAGGGUGCCACAGUUCCACUUAUUAUUUGUGGAGACUUCAAUGCAGAGCCUACAGAAGAAGUAUACAAAAGAUUUGCCUCCUCCAGCUUGAACCUCAACAGCGCUUACAAGUUACUGAGUGAAGACGGAGAAUCCGAACCGCCCUACACUACUUGGAAGAUCCGCCCCACAGGAGAGUCAUGCCACACUCUGGAUUACAUCUGGUACUCCCAGCAUGCCCUGAGGGUAAAUAAUGCUUUAGGUCUGCCAACAGAAGAGCAGAUUGGGCCCAACAGGCUCCCUUCUUUCAAUUAUCCCUCCGAUCACCUGUCGUUAGUCUGUGACUUUAGUUUUAACGAAGACCCAGCCAGAUUAUUAUAAGGGCUGUGACUUGAUAUUCCCAUGUUUUUACUGUUAUUUGUGUGUACAAACGUGAGCUGAAGUGUAAGGACUGCUGUAACGUAAAAUUAUACUGUGCUGUAUACUUGAGAUUGAUUUCUAUUUAUUUAAUAAUUAUAUAUUAUAUACCCCUUAAUUUAUAAAAGCUGCUCGGACCUACCUUAUACUAUAAGGACAUUUGCAUUGUUAUUGCCAAAUCUCUUACUAUAAAGGGUAAAUCCCCUCAAAUUCUCCAGCCAAAACAUUUGAAUUUCAUCAUUUCCUUCAUCCCCUGAUAUUGUACAUGUUCAAACCAAAUUAUGCCUUUAUUUGCAGAAUGAUGCACGCGUGUUUGUCUGAAACGGCACAUUUCAUCGUUUUUAUUUUUGUACAUGGAGCAUUUAAGUUGCUUUACUAAUAAUCUAGAUCUAUUAUUCUGUAUACGUUUCUUUAUUGUGAUAUUGUGCAAAGCCAAAAGAAGCCAUACUAGUGGGAGGUGCGACGUUUACAGAUUUCAAGACUUCAGCCAAGUUUCCAUCGGCGCUAUUACUGCUCCUGCAUCCUGAAUAUUCAGCAGUACUAGGACAGUUCUACUGCCAGCACUAUAAGCUACUGAGGCAUUCCAUUCUUGUUAGAAAAUGUUGUUUUUCUAAAGUUUCUAUUUUAGUGCUUCGAUAAACCAUUCUAAUAUGUUUUCUUUUGAUGAUUGUUAUAAAAUAAGGGCA